CUUGGUCACGCCGCCAUCUCCGACCAUAUAUAACAUCUCGUAUUACUCCAAGUGGUGGAACACGUUCAAAAAGCUUCUGCCAAGCUUUCAUCACCGUGGCCGAUCAGAUAUCAUCACUAUGUCCUCUGUUCGGCCACUCAUCGUUAUCGCGGGAGUCGGGAACGGCUUAGGUACCGGUGGCGCCACUGCACGACUGUUUGCACAAGUGGGAUACCGUGUUGCUCUUAUUGCCAGAGGCGCAGACAAAUUGAAGAAUGUCGCUGAUGAGCUGUCUGCGACUGGUGCCGAGGUCGUCGCAUUCCCAGUUGAGGCGUAUGGGUACCAAGACAUGACCAACGCAUUCGCGGCCAUCAAAGCCCACCAGUGGCCCUCUGCAGGCGCGACAGAGCUCCGAGUCGCCCUCUACAACGCCGGCGUGAGUGUCCGCAAGCCUUUCCUCGAGAACACGGAAAAAGAUUUGCGGACGGUCACCGACACGAACUUCAACGGCGCCUUUGCCUUCUCCCGCCAAGCCAUUCAAGAGUUCCUGAAGAACGAGCUCGACGACAAAGGGAAACGAGGCACAUUGCUUUUUACGGGUGCAACCGGCAGUCUUCGGGGAAACAUCACGACCAGCGCCUUCUCUGCAGGCAAGUUUGCUAUGCGCUCUUUGAGCCAAAGCUUGAACAAGGAGUUUGGGCCGCAGAAUAUUCAUGUUGCGCAUGCGGUUAUUGACGGGGCCAUCUUGACCGACUUCCACCUCAAACGUUUCGGUGAAUCCCUUAGGGACAAUGUCGAUGGACGCUUGGAUCCGGCCAGCAUCGCAACGGGCUACCUCUAUCUUGUCAACCAGGACAGAUCCGCCUGGACAUGGGAGCUUGACUUGCGCCCUGCGCAUGAGAAGUGGUGACUCCUAUCAAGACAAGCCGUGUUAUUGCGAAUAAACUGGAACGUGAAACCUAAGUGUAGACUAGUAUGGCAGCGUUACUACCACUUUGGCUGUGUAUAGAUCGGGGCUCAUUCC